CGCCGAAUGACGCCCGCCACGCCAAUUCUGCCCUCUUCUUUUCUUAUCACUGGAUUCACUGGUUCUGCCCACAGUGCCCACGUUCUGCCCUCUUAUCACUGGUUCUGCCACAUAAACUCAAAUAUGGAAAUAAAACAAGAAGCUAGUGAAAAGGCUUGUAAAAUAAAAGUAGAAGACAAGUGUGUUGGUCCUUUGGAUGCAUUCAAAAUUGAAAUUAAAGAAGAAGCCAAGAGAGAAAGUGCAUAUGACCAAUUUGAUUAUUUAGAGUCUAAUGAAUUUGCAGUAAACACUGAAGUAGAACAAGAUGAAUGUAAAUUUACAUUAAUUGAAGAAAAGCAAACAACAAAUGACGAAAGUUGUCCCCAAGAGAAGAACAAAAUGAUAAUUAUGGAUACGUUACAUUCGUCUCAUUCAAGUCAACACACUGAACUAAAAAUAUUAAAUAAAAAAAUGAAAGUUAAAUCGGGACACCGACUUUACAAAUGUGAAAUUUGUUUUAAGCAAUUUACCAAAUCAGAUUUAAAAAUACAUUUGCGAACACACAGUGAAAAAAAACCUUAUGAGUGUGAAAUUUGUAUAAAGUUAUUUAAAACAAAAAGUGAAUUGAAAAUACACUUGAGAGUGCAUACUGGAGAAAAACCAUACAAGUGUGAAACUUGUCUAAAGCAGUUUGCUACAACAAGUCACGUGAAAAGACAUUUGAGAAUACACACUGGAAAAAAACCUCACAAGUGUGAAAUUUGUUUAAAGCAUUUUACUACAUCAACACAUUUAAAAACCCAUUUGCGAAUACACAGUGGAGAAAAACCUUAUAGAUGUGAUGUUUGUUUUAAGCAGUUUUCUCAAAUAGGUUCUCUAAAAAAACAUUUUAUCACACACACUGGAGAAAAAAAUUUGACGUGUGAAAUUUGUUUAAAGCAAUUGACUAGAAAAAGUCAUUUAAAGGCACAUUUGCUAACACACAGUGAAAAAAAACCUUACAAAUGUGAAAUUUGCUUAAAGCAAUUUACUACAAAUCACUUAAAACAACAUAUGAGAUCACACAUUGGAAAAUAA